AUGGAUUCCAUUGCUAUUCAUCCCACUACGGUGAUUUACCUUGCAUUAUUGCGUGCUUUCUUCUUCGAGGUUAAACGGCGAUUAGAUUACGACUGGUUAAUUCACUUAGCCUUAGAUUUCACAAGUCGGGUUAUUGGGAUAAGGUUCGAUUAUGGUUUCAUUCUUGAUUUAGAUUGCCUUGAGUCUAUACUUCUUCGUAUUCAUUUGAAUAGAAUCAUUCGCCAAGGAGUCUUAUGGCUCAAGUGGAAUCCGGAUCAACCCUGGAGUAUCGACACUCUGCUGAGACUCGCCAGCACAUCUCGGAAAGUAGACGCGGGGCUAACCAGCCUCUUUUUGGGCAUCCUUACUACGGGAAAAGUCACCCCUGAAAGCUUUGCUUUAAUUGGAGGCCACAAUCCGCGGUCUAAGCGAAUCUACCAAUUCGCCGCUGAACAUACUACUUUAAUAGCUUUGACUCUAUCCGCCAUGGUUGCUACCAUGGCAGCUGACCUUUCAGGUAUAUGA